ACAUUUUUAGUUUGUGAGUGGCAGGAAGUUGAACUUUCAAAGUAAAUUGUAAAUCAACAAGCAUGUUGAACAACAGGUGUUAUUGAAAAAGACAAGAAUAUCAAUUAAAUGUAUUUUUAUAUGUAAAUCCCGACUCAGAUUUAGUCACAAAAUCAGAAGAAGACAUUUCAACAUUUAUUUGCUCAUAGCAACAAGUUUCACAUCCAUUCGGGAUGAGAAAAUAGGCGUUUUCAUAGUUUGAUUUCAAAUUAAACUUUAUUUGUUGAACACUUUUCCACUGAUGUAACUCAAAGUGGUUUACAUAAAACAUUUCCAAUUAAAAAGAAUAAAAGACAAGAAAAAAACUUAACACACACAUUUAUUAAAUAAUUGAUGAUCUUUCAUGUUUUAUAAAAAUGCGCUGUAGAUGUGAUUUUAUUAAGAUCUUUGAUUCAGUUUCGGCUUUAACAAAAAUAAAAAAAUAAAUAAAAAAAUGGAAUGCCAACCUUGAAACCAGAAGUGAGCUGUUUCGUUUUAUUUUGAAAAGGCUGAGGCGGAAGUGGUGAGCGCAGCUUGACAGCUCCUCUCUUCAGGCGCUGCGGUGGCGGCUCAGCGGCUGAUGCUCUGUCCGUCCUUACGGGCUCCUGGCGUUUUUUGGUUUUUUUUUCUUUUUUAUUUCCACCUGGACUCCCACCCCCCACGCGGGACUUCACCUGAAGCGCACGCGGCCCCGCAGCCACCUGCCAUGAGCAUCCCGCGGCUGCAGACAGGUCAUAGGUGAAGAUGCCCGCUGGACCGCUCCGGAGCCGCCUGUGCGCCAGUUCAGGGCAUCCCGAACGCCGAAUAACAAAGAGAUGCUGAGAUUUAGCGCCAGAUGGGUGUCCGCGGUGGUGCUCGUCUGCUUGGUGGGGGCCGCCUUCAUCUUCUGCGAGUAUCUCAUCUAUUACCCGACCAUCCUGAAGUGCGCCUGGCCGAAGCUCAGCCAUGCCCGGGGCGGCGAGGGCAGCGACGGGCGCCCCGCGGACUCCACGGUCCACGCCAUGGUGCUGUCAGACACCCACCUCCUCGGAGCUGUGGGGGGGCACUGGUUCGACAAGCUGAGGAGGGAAUGGCAGAUGGAGCGCGCGUUCCAGACCGCGCUGUGGCUGCUCAGGCCCGAGGUCGUCUUCAUUCUCGGGGAUAUCUUCGACGAAGGCAAGUGGAGCUCGCAGAAGAACUGGGAGGACGAUGUCCGCCGCUUCCACAGGAUGUUCAGACACACCACUGACACAGAACUGGUCGUGCUGGUCGGGAAUCACGACAUUGGCUUCCACUAUGAGAUGGACUGGUUCAAGCUGCAGCGCUUUGAAAAGGUCUUCAACGCCUCCUCCACCCGAAUCGUCACCAAGAAGGGAGUCAACUUCCUGCUGGUGAACAGCGUCGCUCUGCACGGCGAUGGCUGCCCCAUCUGCCAGUCGGUGGAGAAGGAGCUGAUCAAACUCUCCCGAGACCUCAACUGUUCUCUCCAGAACUCGCAGUCUGGCAGCGAAAAGAUGGAGAGUUGUGACGGAGCGCAGCCUUAUCCCCCCACAGCCCCCAUCAUGCUACAGCAUUAUCCUCUGUACAGAGAAAGUGAUGCGGGCUGCACAGGAGAGGAUGCUGCGCCGCCUGAAGAGCGACACCUGCUGUUCAGAGAGAAGUACGACGUGCUGUCUAAGGAGGCCUCACAGCGGCUGCUGCAGUGGUUUAAGCCCCGCCUCAUCCUGAGUGGACACACCCACAGCGGGUGUGAGGUUCUCCAUGACAACAAGUAUCCAGAGGUCAGCGUGCCGUCCUUCAGCUGGAGAAACCGAAACAACCCCAGCUUCAUCCUGGCAUCAGUGUCACCAAGAAGCUACACCCUUUCCAAGUGUUUCCUGCCCGAGGAGAGCACGGUGAUCAGCGUGUACUGCUCCGCGGGGGCUUUCCUGCUGCUCCUCUUUCUGACCCACUGUCUGUGCAUGAAGGGUCUCUGCAGCCUCUGCCUGCUGGGAAAGCACAAGUCUCUGUGAAGCACAUUACCCACAAUGCACAGCAGUCAGUGGAACUUUGAGCAAGGAUGUCUUCACACUUAACGUCACCUGUCCCUGGAUUGUGCCAAAAACUUCUUCGCUCGUCAAUCAAUGCACCUUUCCUUCUGUUUCUGCAUCCCAAUAAUGUGUGGGGGGGUUCUGUUCCUGUGUGAAUCAUGGUAGAGGCAAGGCACACCCUGCGUACUCAAUCAGAACCAUGCCUGCACAAAUCACUGCACUGUGAAGGAUAAGAGUUUAGACUUUAAAGCACAAACUGAUGAUAAUUCAUGUUGGCCACAUGUAAUCCAUGCAGCCAAAAUGCACACUGCUGAAUUGCCUGCACAAAUUUUAACAGUAAUUAUAUACAAAUAUAAUUCCUACUUUAAAAUGCACUAACGAGGUGUUUACAUUGUAUUGAUAUGUGAUUAAUGUUGCUGAGGUGCCAAUUAGAGCUGCCACGAUUAGUCGACUAAUCGACGACUAAUUGACUAUUAAAAUAGUCUAAUUUAAUAGUCGAUUAGUCGUUACUUUAUAUUAUAUGGAGUCAGAGUGUAGUAAAGUUGAAAGU